AUGGCGAAGAAGCACUUCGUAGUACUGGAGAACCACCCAGAUGUCAUGAACAGUCUAGCUCGAGAUCUCGGGCUGGAUACCAGUGUUUACUCCUUCCACGACGUCUACUCAUUGACCGACCCGGAACUACUAUCACUCAUACCACGACCCGUCAUCGCACUCCUCGUCAUCAUCCCCCUCACACCAACCUGGCAUGCAGCACGCACAUCAGAAGACCAAGACAAACCCGAGUAUUCCGGCAAAGGCGACCAAGAACCCGUAAUCUGGUUCAAGCAAACCAUCGGAGACGCCUGUGGUAGCAUAGGCCUCGUGCACUGCCUGCUCAACAGCCCUGCCUCCAGCCAUAUUGCCGCAUCCUCGACCCUUGCCCAAAUCCGCAACGAAGCCCUAGACAAGCCCAUCUGGGAGCGAGCAAAAGUCCUCGAAGACUCUGGAGAAUUCGAAGCCGCACAUGCACGUGCUGCCAGGCUUGGCGAUACGGCAACGCCUGCAUGUCCCACUGGAGAGCAUACGGGCCAGCAUUUUGUCGCGUUUGUCAAGGCGCGGGACGGGCACUUGUGGGAGCUAGAGGGCUCGAGAAUGGGGCCGUUGGAUCGUGGUGUGUUGACCGAUGAGGAAGAUGUGUUGAGUGCUGCUGCGUUGGAGAAGGGGCUGGCGAGGUUGAUGAGGAUUGAGGCGCAGCAGGGCGGCGAUCUGCGGUUCUCGGCGAUUGCCCUGGCUCCGAAGCUAUAG